AUCGCCGUCAACUUCUCCGCCUGUUCUUUCACGAUGGCCUAUCAACGAUUUCGGUGAUAGAAGAGUAUGCUUCAGACUUAAUAAUAGAAGCAUUGCUUUAUAUGUGGCUGGCAUCUUGUUUGGAAUAGGAUGGUGGGGAUUUAUAGAUGCCUUAAUUUAUAUGACUAUUGAUAACGAUAAAGAUAGUAUCCUCUCUUCUAUUUCUGUUGAAGACUAUAUUUGUGGCAUUUUAUCAACUAUCGGAAUGAUCAUUGCUGGCUCAGUAGAUAGAUCAAUCCUCAAUGAUGGUGUUUAUCUUCAUUCAACCAAGGUGCUUUGGAAGGCUC